UUUUUUUAUUCCUCGAUGGACGGAGAAACUUCAUCAGCAUUAGCUGUUGAGGAGAUUGACAAGGAUUUUUGGGAAUUCGACAUGCAGGAUUUCACACCAGAAGCGGGACGGGCCCAAGAGUCGACGCCUGAUGCCGAUAUGUCAGCUUCGCCAGAGAAGACGUCACCAGAUUCAACCGAUUUCGUACCUCUGUCAGCUUCGGUAGCAGGUGCUGGGGAAGAUAUGUUAGAAAUGCAGGCGAUUUCUGAAUCCGUUUUAGUUUCGGCUUUAGAAAUGGAUUCAGUCGCUCCAUCCGUACAAGUGUCCUCAUUAACAUCCGCUCCUGACCCACAUCCAGCCCCAGAUUCAGCUGUGUUUAAGGCGUCAGACACACACGCCGCUCUGGGAACUGAAAAAUCAUUGACCGGUCCUGUCGUUCAGUCGACCGGCACUACGGAUUCAGACGGGACAUACAUGAUCCCCGACCCGGAGUGGGUGAUGGGGGGAGAUGCUCUUCUCGCGGAUUUGGAGUCCACAACCUCCCACAUUUCCAAACAAGCUGUUUUUCUGCCAGAAGAGACGCCAUAUUCCUACCCCUCAGGAAGUGACUCAUAUCAGGACGUAGCCUCUCCUCCUGCUCAAACACUGAAUGGAUCUUGGGUAGAAAAGCCAGAAUCGAAGCACUCAUCAACCCAGUCUUUCAGCUCAGCUCCGAAAAGCACCAGUCCUCGUGUGUCACAGUCUGAAGAAGAGCACGUCUAUAGUUUCCCUAACAAGCAGAAGACUACUGACUCCCCCGCCGCCGUCAUGAGCUCAUUACUGGGCAGUAACCUGUCAGAGCUGGACCGUCUGCUGCUGGAGCUCAACGCUGUACAGCACAGCACACCCGCCUUCCCUACUGAAGAGACCUACCCACCCAAACCAGCCAGCAAUGCCCAGCGCUAUGUCCCAGAAAACGGCGUCUCAUCAGUAGUGAAAGCACCUCCUCCUAAGAUAGAGAAACCCAAACGCAGUGCACCCGGACGGGGGAUAGAAGAUGGCAGACCCAGUGUGGGGAACCUGCUUAAUGAGUUGGAGAGCUCCGUGCCGGCCCCUGCACCCGCCCCUGCAGUGCCAGUGGUUCAGGAGGAGACCCCCUGCCAGCAGCAGGCCAGAAUCUCCGCCUCCUCAGCGACACGAGAACUCGACGAACUCAUGGCCUCACUGUCUGACUUUAAAGUUCAGAGCAAUAUUAUGGCUCAGGGCAAGAGUUCCCCCACCAGCGUUCCAAAGCAGGGGAAUAAACUGGAUAACAUGUUGGGCAGCCUGCAGUCAGACCUCAACCGGCUGGGUGUCCAGACUGUCGCCAAAGGCGUUUGUGGAGCCUGCAAGAAACCCAUCGCUGGCCAGGUGGUGACAGCAAUGGGGCGAACGUGGCAUCCGGAACAUUUCGUGUGUACUCACUGUCAGGAGGAAAUUGGUUCCAAAAACUUCUUUGAGCGAGACGGCCAGCCGUACUGUGAAAAGGACUACCACAGCCUCUUCUCUCCACGCUGUUACUACUGCAACGGACCCAUUCUGGACAGAGUGGUGACCGCAUUAGACAGGACUUGGCAUCCGGAGCAUUUCUUUUGUGCCCAGUGCGGGUCAUUCUUUGGGCCUGAGGGCUUCCAUGAGAAGGAGGGAAAGGCGUACUGUAGGAAGGACUACUUCGACAUGUUUGCCCCCAAAUGUGGCGGCUGUGCUCGUGCCAUCCUGGAGAACUAUAUUUCGGCCCUUAAUGCUCUUUGGCACCCUGAGUGUUUUGUCUGCAGGGAGUGUUUCACUCCGUUUGUGAACGGCAGUUUCUUCGAGCAUGAAGGGCAGCCGUACUGUGAGGCUCAUUACCACGAGCACCGCGGCUCCCUCUGCUCCGGCUGUCAGAAACCCAUUACCGGCCGCUGCAUCACCGCCAUGGGCAAGAAGUUUCACCCCGAGCAUUUCGUCUGCGCCUUCUGCCUUAAACAGCUGAACAAGGGCACAUUCAAAGAGCAGAACGACAAACCCUACUGCCAAAGCUGCUUUGUCAAGCUCUUCAGCUAGAGUCUGAUAGUGUUGAGGGGUGUGUGUUUGAACAGGCAGUCCCAAGUGUGGAGUUUUACAGUUCGUCACAGUGUCAUCUUGUGGCGAUAGUGAGCAUUACACCAGCUUGUUCCUGUGCCAAAGCACUUUUAGAUAAGUGUAGAUCUUCAGGGAAGCUAUUACGAUUUUUAACAGCCUUUUUAAAACGCUUCCCCUGGAUCUAGAGACUAAAUUUUGGUCCUUGAGCUAUUUUAGAUAUUAUCGACUGCAUCGGACAAAUCAAGAUCUAUUUUUGUACUUGUUACAUACACACACACACACACACACACACACUGAGCUUAACUUGAACAUACGUAUGCACACUUCUGUUUGCACAUUUCAGGCAUCUCUUUGCUGCUUUCUGGUAUAACAACACUCUGUUAUUUUAUAUCGCUUCUUUUCUCCAUCGGCCACAUCAGGUUUUUCUUAAAGGUGCAAUAACAGCUUGGCAUCAUCAAAAUCUCAAUGCCAUAUUCUGUAUAUUUUUCUAAUUUUUGGUACUCUGAGAGUUUGCUCAGUGCUGAUUUUAUUGUGCAUGUAUUUCUCUGUCUGAUCACUUUAUAAAGUGUGCUUUUUUGCUUUGUUUUGUUGACGAUUGUUUGUAUUUUUAUAUGCAUUGGUGGUUUCUGUUUUUCUGGAUGGCUGGAGUGGUUUGAGCUUCCAUUCUUAUGCCUUUAUGAGUUUAACUGUAGAAACAACUCACUUCUGCUGUUAUAAUACAUAUUUUUUUCUUAUAAAACGCCUUCUUAAAGAUAACAGUUCGGGCCCAGAUGCCCGUUUUGUUGAGUAUGUGGCGUUCCGCAAUGUGCCUAUUGCCACCGGGCAUGUUUUGCGAUUUACUUACAAUGAUUUUUGUCUUAAUUUCUUCUAUGCAAUGAGUUUGUGAUGCACAUUUCCCCCCUAUUUCAAUUAAUCCGAUUUCCUACUGUAUGCAAGUAAAUAUAUUAAAGUCUUACGGAUUAUCAGUGAUUGCAACAACUUUACUCAACUUUAGUUUUUUUCAUAAUUUAAAGAUUUUCUUUCAAGGUGAUGUCAUAUUUUAUUCUACAUUGACUGAUGACAUGCACAUUGUAUUUAAAACUUGGGGUCUAAAUGGACUGUACAAGACAUUGAAUAAAUACCAGGAUCUGAAUGACUGA